GCGCUACAAGGAGAACAACGACGGCGAAGAAAAAUGGUUGGCAAAAGAAAAAGAGACACAUCAGUUGCUUCGAGAAAGUUGUCUCCAGGAGUCUAUGACCAGACACCUCCGGUUUCAGAUGCUUCGCAUGACGUUUUCCGCAGAUAUUUCGAAGCUCGAUUCCUGCCUUUAGAUAUACCAGCUCGAGUCACUGAUCGCAGUGCUGAAACUGUUGAAAUCAAUGAAGAUGAUGAAACUGCAGAUUUGCAAUCAGAUUCCGAAUGGAGUGGGUUUUCUGAUGGGGAUGAAGACAACAAAGUAGAAGUGGUCGAGUACAAGGAUUCGCGCAUCGCUUUGGAUGAUGCCAUGGACAAAAAAGCGCGCAAAGCUUUUAUGAAUUCAAAGCCGCCGUGUUUCCCCGCAGAGUCGACGACUGCUAGGUCUAAGCCGAAACAAGACAGAGAUGGGAAAGCUGAGGACAAGAAUACCGAUGCGGAGGACCUGAAGAACGAUCUUGCCCUGCAACGACUACUCAAAGAGUCGCAUCUUCUUGAGUCUGCGUCAGAACUAGCCCCCUCUGGCAAGAACCGACAUAGAGCGUUGGAUCUGAGAAUGCAAGCGCUCGGCUCCAAAACGUCGAUAUAUGCCCAGCAGAACAUGCCCUCGUCUCAUCGAAGAGGUAUAAAAGCGAAAGCCACAUCAAAAGAAGAAAGGCGUCGCCGGGAAGCUAGAGAGAAUGGCAUCAUUCUCGAAAAGCCUGCUUUCAAACCAAAGAAUAAUAGUGAUAAGCGGAGAGAGCGUGGUGUUGGGGGACCUUCAGUUGGGAAAUUCGCCGGGGGUACUCUCAAGCUUAACAAGAGAGACCUUUCAGCUAUCCAAGGGACGCAACGAACGACAAAUGGGAAGGGGAAAGGCCGACGUUAGGAUGCAAGGCGUGCGGCAAUCCCGCAUGCCGCAGCCUAAACCGUCUACAGUCUUAUGUGACUUAAUGAUUCUACGAAGACGAGCUCUGUCGGUGGUGGGCGCUUGGGCUCGGUUCUCCGAGACAAUUCUCCAUCUUACUGUCGUCCUGCCGUGAAGGAUGCUGGGAAGAUAUUAACCCCCACAUAGGUUUCCUACCAGUAGGAGCUGCUAGGAGUAGGACCUCUGUAUGUUCGAGCAAGGAGAAUGGUGGUACUUUGGCGCUGAUGCAGGCCAUGCAUUGAACCCACAUAUACAGAUGGAACGUCUUGUUCCCAAGCGCUGAGUGGUCCGUGCAUAAUAAUAAUCCGCAUUCUACAGCGUGAAGAGCCCUAGGGUAGAAAGAUCAUGGGCGCAGCUGUUUCUAUGGAUGACUAGCACAGCGUAUAUGCCAGACCAACUUUGGCGACAACACUCUCUUAACAAUGGCAAUUAAAUUAGCUUUAUAGAACCUGGAAGUUAUACGGACAGUCAUGUAGAGACCGGUUUGCUCGGGCUUCGUAUCAUCAGCGGCAGGAAAGUAACUGGACUCGAGUGGAGCGCUAUGGAACUCGAUUGGUAGAAGCGCAUCUAGUACGGAAUUCUCUCCAGAAGAUCCGACCGCAGACAGGCAAGGCAGCGGCUAAUAGCG